UACAUAUUUUUGUUUAUUGAAUAGAUUCCAACGUUUUAGAAGAAAUAAAAAGUGAAAUGUAUAGUUUUUUUUCGAUUUAGGUCAAGGGUCACCUUACGAAACAAACAAGAUGGCUUCUUUUCGCCGGUAGGUGGAACGCAGGGAGGCGCGAUCCAUAUACAAGAUAUUGGCAUGACCUUAUGUCUGAAACAGGCAACUGCAGACAACAGACGCAUUUAGCUGCAAUAACGGCCAAAUGCGUAGCCCUGCCUGCUUGCUUCAAGUCACCAUGCAGUGUGCAAGAAUUCUAUCACACUCCCUUUGGGGCAGAACUAUCCAGUUCCACCCACUUCGACCUUUUGUAACAAGUGGUCGGCUUUUGGGAUACAAACCUGGGAAGAACCUCAAAGACUGUUACAGUCUGCUGGGCGUCGCCGAUGGCUGCAGUGAAGCUGAGUUGAAGGAAGCCUUCAUCAGGCUGGCUAAACAGUACCACCCUGACAGUGGCUCCAAAACGGCCGACCCCAGCAAGUUUGCCCAAGUGGAAGAAGCCUACAGGACUGUGCAGGAAAAGCUUGUAAAGGAGAGAAAGAAGGAAGAAGAAGAAGUUGAGGAGAAUGAAGAGGAGGAUGUUGAUAUAAAACACACAGUGCCACAGCACAGGCAGUACCUGGGGUAUGAGGGAGUUGGAUACGGGACUCCUACACAAAGGCAAAGGCAGUACCAACAGUAUAGGGUGGACCGGGCAGCCAACAGGGUUGUUGACUACAAAGUUACCAAGCUGUCAGCAAUGUCAGAAAGUGCGCUUGUCUUGCAGGAGAAACGGGAAGCGAGGAAGGCGAAGAUCGUGCAGGUGAUCGACCGUUUGGUGGAGGAUAUGAUCGCAGAGUCGAUGGCCAACGGAGAGUUCGACAACCUGCCUGGCAAGGGGAAACCACUGACAACCUUAAAGAAGUCCGAGUACAACCCAUACCAAGACACCACCACACAUCUCAUCAACAAGAUUCUCAAUGACAACGGAUUCAAACCACAGUGGGUAGAGCUGGAAAUUGAGGUUAGAAACCGCAUCAAGGAACUCCGGAAAAAUCUAGACACAAAAAGGGCCACAUUGGGCCCUGAACCCUUCUCGCUACAGCACCAGAAGCAGUGGAAUGUGUACCUAGACACAUUUAGGGAGGACAUAGCAGCACUGAACAAGAGAAUUGACAAGUACAAUAUGAUCGUUCCCAUCAUGGCCAAACAGCUGGGUCAUGUCAAACCUGACAGGGAGGUGGCAAAGGUGAUGGAAAAGUUUAGAGUCCAGGAAGAGCAGCAAACUGUAGCUGUGGAGGAGACCAAAGCUGAAGAAAAACCAAGUCAAGAGAAGAUGAGAUGGGGCAUCUUAAGGCACUGGAGGUUCACACCUCUUAGUGAAUAAUCUGAAGCACUUGUAUAUUCAGUACUCCUAUUGCUGGACUUUUUACCAGGGGUAUUGUCCCUGAUUUUUGACUGUCAAAUUUAAUAGUAC